AAAAUUUAUGUCUGUUUUCUGUUUUAUUCGUUAUACUGCUGUAUAGUAUAAAGCUUGUGUAGUUAGUUAAUUGUGAAAUGGAUUUGAAUGAUGAUAUAGAAUUAAGUGAAGACGAAGAAAUCACAGUAGAAACAGUGUUAAAGACGGUACAGUGCGCAUGGCAAAAUGAACGUUUAGCGCCAGAAAUCCUACCCCACCGCAACGAUAUGGUAGAAUGCAUGUUGGGACAAGUACAGCACAUGGAAAGAAACAUCAACAAACUCCCUAAAACAGAUCUUCGAGCGUCCAUUCAUAAAAUGGAAUUAAGUAGAAUAAAAUUUGUAAUAUGUAAUUACUUAAAAACUAGGCUACAUAAGAUAGAGAAAUUUUGUAUUCCCAUAGUUAAUGAAGAAAGACAACGAAUAGAAUCAGGAACCAACUAUCUUACACCGGCCGAGUUCAAAUAUGCCCAGGAGUAUUUAAUGAGCAUGGAGAAUCAUUUAAAAAAAGUUGUUUUGAAUAAAGUGCCUGGCAACAUGCAAGCCCUAGAACUGAGCAAGCUGGCAGUAUACCCUAAUUUACACAGUCAUGUGUUCCUGAAGGCGAACGACACUGUCACUGGAGUAGUCCUAGAGGACCAGCCUGGAGACCAGGAUGAAGAAAUUGACUUAGAAGAUGGAUCACAACACAUUCUGCAGUACAAACCAAUAGCUGAACUGGUCAAAAACGGAAAGGUUCAGUUAGUGUGACAGGAAGUGUGACACUGUACAGAAAACAGUAAUAAGCAUACGUCGCACUACAGCGGGCAUUUUGCGGGCAGGUCAUUAGGUAAGGUUUACAAAAAAACAACUUACGAGUACAUGUAGUAUUUGUAACAUAGUUACCUGUUAUCAUGUAUUCAUCUUUAAUGUGUAAUACUCUUUGAAGUGACAACUGAUAAGCCCAUUUAAGUGGCCAUCUAAAAAACAGAUAAAUAGCUGACAUGCCAUGCGUCAUUAUGACUGUCGUUCAUAUUAUUUUUAUUUAAAAUUGAAGGGAUAUAAACUACUAUACCUAACUAACGUACAGCCUUAGUUGCUAAGGUAUUUUUAUUUGCACAUUACAAAUACUAGGUACCAAAUACUAAGUACUUUAUUCUGACAACUCGAAAAUUGAUUUGUGAACCUUACGAAGUGACAUGCCCGCUAAAUGCCCGCUGUAGUGCGACGUAUGGUAAUAAGUGGUUGUGUAAAAUGCAGGCUUGAACACAAGUUUGCUAGAUAACAUAAGCCAUAUUGUCAUCACAAUACUAUACUACAUUCAGCGUUUUUAAGAAUAGCAAUUAUUCACAUGGGUUUUGUAUAUAUACCUAUUAAACAAAAAAAAUUUAUACAUGUAAAUGAUAAGAGUGUGUGAAAUGUAAUUGUAUGCACUAUAAUGAAUUGUGUCUCCUA